AUGGCUAAAUGUACCAAGAAGGUCGGAAUUGUUGGUAAAUAUGGAACAUGUGCAUCUCUCAGAAAAAUGGUGAAGAAAAUUGAAAUUAGCCAGCAUGCCAAGUAUACCUGCUCUUUCUGUGGAAAGACCAAAAUGAAGAGGCAGGCUGUGGGUAUCUGGCAUUGUGGAUCCUGUAUGAAGACAGUAGCUGGUGGCACAUGGACCUACAAUACCACCUCUGCAGUCACAGUCAAAUCUGCCAUCAGAAGACUGAAGGAAUUGAAAGACCAGUAAAAUCUUCUUAUCAAAUAUCUGUAGCGCAUAGUCCAACAAUAAAUGGGUUGAUUCAUGGAAUAAAAAAUAAAUAAAUAAGUAAAUUUUGGUGUCGUGUGGCCUUCUGGACUUAACACAGUUAGUGGCACAUAGUAAGCACUUAAUAAAUGCUAGCUUACUAAAUACUGGACAGAGCAUCUACAUAUACCUUA